AUGCCACAAAAAGAUUACAGAAGUCAAACGAGCUGGGAGAGCGGUGUGGCCUCCAUGAUGCAAAACAGUCACAGUGGGGUAAACCAACUUGGAGGUGUGUUUGUGAAUGGGAGACCAUUGCCUGAUUCCACCAGGCAGAAGAUAGUAGAACUGGCUCACAGUGGAGCUCGACCAUGUGAUAUAUCCAGAAUUCUACAGGUGUCCAAUGGCUGUGUGAGUAAGAUUUUAGGCAGGUAUUACGAGACAGGUUCGAUUCGUCCUCGGGCAAUUGGAGGAAGUAAACCUAGGGUCGCCACUCCAGAAGUUGUAAGCAAAAUCGCUCUGUACAAGAGAGAGUGUCCAUCGAUCUUCGCCUGGGAGAUCAGAGACAGGCUGUUGGCGGAGGGAGCCUGCACUAAUGACAAUAUCCCCAGUGUUUCCUCUAUAAACCGAGUGCUAAGGAACUUGGCCAGUGACAAGACGCAAAUAGGAACAGAGGGAAGCGAGGGAAUGUUUGAAAAGCUCAAAAUGCUUAAUGGUCAAGCCACCUGGACGGGGCGAACUGGGUGGUACCCUGGCUCCACACUCAUUGCCACUGAAUGUGCGCAGACAGGAAGGGUGGAAAACACGAUAUCGGACAGCUCCAACAACGACGACCCAGAGGAGACUCAAAUGAGGCUUCAACUGAAGAGGAAACUGCAGAGAAACAGAACAUCGUUCACACAGGACCAGAUAGAAGCACUUGAGAAAGAAUUUGAGAGGACACAUUAUCCUGACGUGUUUGCACGAGAGCGUCUUGCCAACAAAAUAGACCUGCCAGAGGCACGAAUACAGGUUUGGUUUUCCAACAGAAGAGCAAAGUGGAGAAGAGAAGAGAAGUUGAGGAAUCAACGGCGUCAAGUGUCCAACUCUUCCAACCAUAUUCCCAUCAGCAGUAGUUUUAAUGCCAGUGUUUACCAACCUCUACCACAAACUACAACACCAGUGUCCUUCUCAUCAGGAUCUUUGUUAGGGAGGUCGGACUCGGUUCUGUCAAGCAGCUACAGCCUACCAGCCAUGCCAAACUUUAGCAUGACGGCCAGCCUACCCAUGCAAACAUCUAGUCAGACUUCGUACUCAUGCAUGCUGCCCACCAGCUCAGGUGGAAAUGGAAGAAGUUAUGAGACCUACACUCCUCCACAUAUGCAAGCACACAUGAACAACCAGUCACUGACCUCUUCGACAUCGUCAACAGGUCUGAUUUCUCCAGGAGUUUCAGUUCCAGUCCAAGUUCCAGGAAGUGAAACACACAUGUCGCAAUACUGGCCAGGUCUGCAGUAAUGUUCUUAAAAGCCUGUGUCAAAAGGGACAUUUCAUUGGUAAAUGGUACGGAUUGUAACUAAACCUUUGAGAAAAGUGAGACAAAGACUUUGGUAAUGGUUCUGAGUGGAGGACUUUUACAGUACUUAAUGGUUGCUGUAAACCAGUACGCCUUAGCAACAAUAUUUAUUUUCUUACCGUGGUAUUAUGGAGCCAGAACAUUGCCAGGAAGUUUUGGUACAGUCAUCCCUCAUUUAUCACCGUGGUAAGCAAAAGUCUGCAAAGUAGGAUAAUUAAUAAUAGAUCGAAUAUCUUCAUAGUUGUAGCAGAAAAACAUCUGAUUACCUUUUUUUUAACACAUUCCGACCCCUUGAAACAUGAAAUUACUACUCUUUACACUCUUUUCACCCAAAACGUAGCCUUCAGUGCUGUGACUG